GAAGUGACCUUUGGCUCUAAAAAGAAGACGCCAUUUUUCGUGAUAAAAUGGCAAUGAUGGAAACCCCCAGCAAAGGACUAAAAAAUGCUGAAGAACCCUUUAAUAACGUGUCCCCUCUCCUUUUGAAAAGCCUAGUCGAGGAGCCCAAGAAACGAAGAGAAGUACCUAAUCACCUCCUCGAAUCAAAGGUUUAUGCAAAACUUCUGAAUAAUAAGGUUAUACAGGCAAGACCUGGCAUAGUACAUUUUGGAGGCUAUCAAGUAGAAAAACAACAUCAACAGAUUCUGCAUCUGGUCAAUGUCUCCGAUGAAGACACACAUGUUCAUGUUUUACCUCCACAGACCAAAUACUUUCAGAUCAGUUAUGUGAAAAAGGAACACCACCUUGUCCCUGGCUUGUCCCUCAUGGUCACCAUUACAUUUUCUCCAGAUGAGUGGAGAUAUUACUAUGACUGCAUCCGUGUUCACUGUAAGGGAGAUGACAAUUUGCUCAUUCCUAUCCAUGCCUAUCCUGUCAUGAACACACUGGACUUUCCCUCGUUUAUAAAUCUAUCAAAUGUUCUCCUUGGUGAAAGGUGAGUUACCAAAAUAUACUAGCAAAAUGUCAUAGGAUGUGAAAAGUUAAGAGAUGGUACACACAUAUAUUAAAAC